CCUUGAAGAGCUUCUCCUUCCUCUCCGCCGACCUCCACCAAAUCUAGUUCAGAACAGCAUCCCACUCAGCUCCCCGCCGCCGGAGAAACACCUAAAACAGAAAGAUCUGAGCUCCGAGAGAGGCGAGCAGGAGUAUACAGGCGUCAGCUCGGUCCCGAACCAGCAGCAGCCAUGAGUGCCAUGAAGUUUUGCCGUGAAUGCAACAACAUACUGUAUCCCAAGGAGGACAGGGACCAGAAGGCGCUCCUCUUCGCCUGCAGGAACUGCGACCACCAGGAGGUCGCAGACAACAACUGUGUCUACAGGAACAUCGUGCACCACAGCGCCGGAGAGUUCACCCAGGUGCUCCAGGACGUCGCCGGCGACCCGACUCUGCCCCGCACCAAGGAGGUCCGGUGCGCCGUCUGUGGCCACGGCGAAGCCGUCUUCUUCCAGGCCACCGCGAGGGGGGAAGAAGGGAUGACGCUGUUCUUCGUCUGCUGCAACCCAAGCUGCGGCCAUCGAUGGAGAGAAUGAGAUUUUGAUCAGCCAACCAGUGAAAUUCAACUCAUGCAACAUUCUGAGAGAUGCUUUUUUUCUUCCCAAGAGAUUGUUUCCCCAAAGUAGCAUAAAUUGAUUGGUAUGUUUCAAAUACAUCUGGAGGGGAAUGCAAUCAAAUCAAAGGAUGGGAUGAGGACAAUUUCGCUGGUGUUGUGUUCCCUUCUGCAAUUUUUGCAGUAGCUUAAGCAGUACAUCUUGAGAACAGAGCAUGUUCUGAAUUUUCAUUCAUUCAAGCAAACAAUGAUCAGAGGACUUAAUUAUUUUGAUUUGCA